AGGCCUUUUUUCCGCUUGCUGCUGGCUGCUGGCGGCGCCGUCGCUUCUCUCCCUGUCCAGCGGCUGCUGUGAGCACCGGGAUCGCUUCGAGUGAGUGACUUUAUGGAAGAAUUGGCGUCGUUUUGGGUUUCUGUUCAAUGACUAUCAGUGUAAAAUAUGGCCUAGACAGAACCAAAUGCAGAUGGAGAGAAUUCUUGUAAUGAUUCCACAAGAUUCCCUUGUCACAAGUUGGUGCUUCACUUGUCUUUGAUCCACUGCCUCUACUGCUCUUUUGUCAUAGUACAAUGGCUUACAAGUUUGCAGCUCAAAGUUUUCUUCAAAAAUUAAGACUUCUGUUAAUUUUUGUUAGUCUUGGCUCUAUUGUUACUUGGCUGGCAACCAGUAACAUGCAGGAGCUAGUAAAGGAAAUUCACCACCGACCUGUGAUACCUAGAUUUUGGAAGAUGUCAAAUCGGAGUGAAGGACAGAUGACAUCAGUUUGUCCACUUUGCUCACCAAAAUUAUCUCCAACUACAUCACAUUUGCCAUUGUGCCCAUUUCUAACGCCAUAUCUACGUGGUGCAAAAAAGCUACAAUUUGACGUAAAACUCACUUUGGCACAAGUAGAGAAGAAAAAUCCAAAAGUACAGAAAGGGAUGUUUACACCUCAAGAGUGCCACCCGCUUCAACGUGUUGCCAUACUGAUUCCGUACAGGAAUCGAGAAAGACAUCUCUUGUAUUUACUUGACCAUCUACAUCCAUUCCUACAACGGCAGCUUCUGGAUUAUGGGAUAUACAUUAUUAAUCAGGCUGGUAAUAGUAAAUUUAAUCGAGCCAAGCUGUUGAAUGUGGGUUUCCUGGAAGCACUGAAGGAGCACAAGUGGGACUGUUUCAUUUUUCAUGAUGUUGAUCUUCUACCAGAGAACGACUUCAAUCUAUACCUCUGUGAUAAUGUGCCAAAACACCUAGUUGUGGGCCGGAAUGCUACAGGAUACAAGAUUCGGUAUGCUGGUUAUUUUGGUGGAGUAACAGCUUUGACUAGGGAGCAGUUCAAGCAAGUCAAUGGGUUUUCCAACCGUUACUGGGGCUGGGGUGGAGAAGAUGAUGAUCUUCGGAUAAGAGUUCAGCUGCAAAAAAUGAAAUUUGUGCGCCCCCCCAGUGAAAUUGCCAGAUACACGAUGACUUUCCACACAAGGGAUCAAGGAAAUGAAGUCAAUCAUGACAGAAUGAAGCUUCUGAGUGAAGUCUCCCAAAGAUGGAAGAAAGAUGGUUUGAACACCUGCUCCUACAAUGUGAUAUCACAAGAUCAUAAUCCUUUGUACAUUAACAUCACGGUGGACAUAGGUGAUUCCCAUCGCAAUCCAGAAGUUGCUGUCUAAGUGGAGAGCACUUACUGUCAUUAAUGGCUUUUUGAUUGUUGACUGUUCUUCAGCCAUUAUACUGAUUCUUCUUUUGAGAUAAAGCAAAUCUUUGGGUUGUUAAAACGCAAUAAUUCCUCGAUAAAUGACAUUUUAUAUGUUGCUAGAGAAUCUUCGUGAAUGAACUAUGUGCAAUAUGUCUAGACAAUUUUUUAAACUGACAAGCUUAAUAUUAUGGUUGGGCAAACACAGUAACUAAAUAUUCACAUUUAAUCUGUGUGUUAUGAAUUUCUAAGUUGAAUCUUUCAAAUCCCUACCUAAUGGCAGGUUGAGACAACCUUCACCAUAAAGCCUGGUGCUUCAAGAUGUUCACUCAUCAAUGCCUUCUCGGCUAGAGAUAGAUAAUAAUUGUGAUGUCCUUAGUCCAAAAAUAAAUAAUACUCUUAUUGUUUCAAUUGGGUGGGCAUUUGCAUAGAGAUUUUGGAAGUUAUUGUGGGUGCAGUAUUUGUUUUCAGAGGACAGAUGAGCCUUUUUACUAACUGUUGGUAAUUUUCAUCAUGAUAAUUACUGCCAACUGCUAGUAACUGGAGAAACACAUGAACAGCUAGCUCUUUACAAUUAUGAGGUAGUACUUACCAUUCCGUUAUCAUGAGCGAACUUCCUGCUGAGGUUUAUUUGUAAAUGUAAAAAUAAAGCAAGUUAAAAUACUUAUAAAUAAAUUGGAGUUAAGAAGUCAAAACCCCUGUCCAAAAAAAUAAGCAUUUCUGCUUUAUGACUAACUGUUUCAAAGAAUUUUGCAAGUGUCAGCUGUCUACUGGUGAAGUUCACAGCUGGUCUUCCAUCAUUACUUUCUUCAUAUUUUCCUAGGGCAUUUAGAAAUAAUGCUCCUUGCUGGUUUACAUUUUGAUUGCAAAAAUAUAUUUUACUACAGAUUUCUCCACCAUUCUUCCACCAAAGUUGUUUCAACAAAUAGACCAAAGUAAAAAUCUUUAGAUUUGUCAUCAGUACCCUUUAUAGACAGCUAAGUGAAUAUUAGAAAGACGAAUUAAUUGCAAGUUAAAUAAUUUAUUCCAAUAAAAACUUUUAAAAGAAUAAAUUUGGCAUGGUUAGAUUCGCAUACAAUUUGCUGUAGUCCUUAAAUUGGUCUAUUGUAUAUGUACUUGAUCUUCUAAUGGUGAAUCCACCAUUCUCUGUUUUGCAGCUUUUAAAUUCUGGGACAUUGCUAGUUCUCUUAUUAAGAGAAUAAGGUGAGAAAUAGAGGCAAUGUUUGCAAAUAUUUUAACAAGAUUAUGUAUCUGAGCAUUAGGAGAAAAGUCAGUAUGUUGAAUAUUUAUCUUUUUAUCUCAAUGUGAGUUGAAUUUAGACUUGUAGGGGAUCUUUAUACUCUGUCCUUUAGUUUGCUGUAAGCAUUAUAUGGACCUGCAUCAGAAACAUGGCAGUAGUUGGUAUUCUCAUUCAAGCUAUAAUUAUUGUGGGAAAUGGGAAGAAAAUUGGAAUGUGGAUGUACUGUUCUUUUGUUGAGUCAAUAAUACAUUGUAUACUUUUUCUUUUUUAUUACAGUGUCAAAGCUAGACUUGUGAGCUAGCUUCAUUCAUUUUUCACCUUACAGCACAAUAUUGUAUCUUAAAGAGAAAAAUAGGGUACAAAAAUAUAAUUACUUAUCCCCUGAUACUUUGGAGUAUAGUCAAAAGUGCAUUCUUUGAAUUUUCCAAUAUUGGAUAAGUGUUUUUUCUUCUGUUUCUUGCUGCAUCCCAUGCUCCUCCUGAUCCACUUCUGGUCCUCCCAUUUUUGUAUGCUUUCCCAACUAGGCGCUGCUGUCCUCCCAUCAUCCAUUUUUGUCCCCGUCCCUUUCCUAGUUCUAUCUACCCACUACCCACACAUUUUACCCAAUAGAUCUGUUCCCCUCCAAAAAGAAAACCUGGUUUAGUCUGUUUACCUCUUGCCCAAUUGGUCCCAUUAUCAUCUUCCCCACUUAGAUUACAGCACUGAUAGGACUCUUUGUCUAUCCUGACACCCUUCAAAACAACAUCCCCCCCCCCCCCCACCACCGCAUCCCAUCUCCAAGACAUCUGCCUUUCUCUUUGCUUGCCUUCAUCUAUCAUCAACCUUCCUCCUACUUCCAGUUCCAUCCCUUCCUUACCUGGCUGUUUCUGUCCAUCAUCCACGGUUUAUCAAUCACCAGCUGGUCAGGGUUUCACCAUUUCUGACCUUUCCUCUUUAUACUGGCUAUCUUCCUUCCUCACUCUUUGUUCUGAUGCAGGUUUUUGACUCAAAACCUCAAAAAUUCAAUUCCUUCACCAGUACCUCACCUGCCCCAUCAGAUGCUGCUUGACCCACUGAGUUUCCCCAACAUGCUUUUAUUGCUGUAACACCCCAGAUGUAUAUGUGGCUUAUUCAGUGCAGAAAUCAGCAUGUUUUGCAGAUGUCUUAUUUGGAGCUAACACAAGUAAAGUUGUUAAUGGUGUCGCUGACUUACUGAUCAAGCCUUAAUACUCCUGAAGAGGAAUCCAACUUGUGAGAUGGGCUUUGAUGUUAUGUCUAAUCAGGCAACCUGUCUGAUGGAUGUUAAGCGGAUGAAACUUUGAACUGCUUUUAAUCUAUUCUCUGGCCUGCUUCAGACACAGAUAAUUUUUUAACCCUUUAUCUCCUAUGUUGUAGUGGAGAUGGAAGAGUAUAGUGAAAAGCUGCUUUUAAAGUAUGAGAAGAUUAGUAUAUUGUGCAGUAUCAUCUUGCAGUCAUCUCUUCACAAUUGACAAAAGUUAAUAUAAAUUUUAAUAAGGGUUUUAGAAUAUUAAAGAUGAAUUGAUUUUACAUAUCAAUAUAUAGUCUGCUAAAACUGAGAGAUUGUUCAGUCCAGACUUCAGCCAAAAGUUUGGUUGAUUUUAUAAGGUGCUGUUCAUUUGCUGCUAGUUUUCUGAGUAUCGCCAUUGACUCAAAAUCCAAAAAUGCAGCAAGGGACUGAUCUUUUCAGCCUUGCAAUUAACUGAGGGGUUCAUGGACCCCAUGUUGGGAUCUCCUGGUGGAAUGAUUAUUUUACUUGAGUCAAAUAGAUCCUUGCACAUCCUUGGUAAUUUUGCAAGCAAAAUGUUGAUGCACGCAUGAAGAUUUUUUUCAGAGUGACUUACUUUGGUGACUUCUCUGCAUUUAUUACUAUGUAGGGUCCAUGUUUGUAUUUCUUUGAACAUCUUUGUUUCUCCCCACCAUUGUGAAAAUUGUAUAAGGAGUUGGAUCUAAUCCUGAGUGUGACUGUGAGGUGAGUAAUAGUGGAUGAUGAUAUCGUCCUCAAGACAAAAACAGAAUGACUGUAAUCACGAGACAGAAGAGACUGCAGAUGCUGGAAUCUGAAGCAAGAAAACUUAAGUGCGAGAGGAACUCAGCAGACCAAGUACCAUCUGUGAAGGCAAAGAAAUGGUUAAUAUUUUGAAAUGGAGUCUAUCUCUUUGCUUCCAUGGAUACAAUCAGUUACAAGAAGAAUGAAUGUCACAAACUGGAAUGACUGGAUUCCACUGAGUCAGGAGUGAAUUCAUUGCUGGAAAGGAACAAAUCCGGAGACAUGGGAACUAAUCUAUUGGUGAACGUGUAGAGGUCAGGAAAAGGAAACUUUUAUGUCCUUUAAACGUGUGUAACAGAAUUAUUUUUCCUUGCCAUUGCACAUGACUUAGGUUGAUCCCAGUUAACAGUCACUAACUGGGCAAUACUCUACCAAAUUUCCACACUGGUUUCAGAAUAUUUUCAAAGCAGGUGAAUUUUGAGCUGUUAGUAUUUUUACUUGCCAGUGAAAAGUAAUUUCAAAGUUAUGCGAAGUAUUGGGAGUACACUGUGAAUCAUAAUGCUAAUCUUUUGAUUGCCCACUAUAUUUUGUUAAAACAAGAACAUAUUAUUUCCCUUUAUUUAUUUGGAAGGAACAUACCUUUAUCAAAGUCAAAGUAAAAUCUAUUGUCAGAGCUCAUACAUGUCACCAUAUACAACCCUGAUAUUCGUUUUCCUGCAGGCAUACUCAGCAAAUCUAUAGAGCAGUAACUGUAAACAGGGUCAAUGAAAAGCGCAAGAGCAUAUAAGACCACGAAAUGUGCAAAUUCAAAUAUAAGUUAAAGCAAUAAACAACGAGAGCAUGAAAUAACAAGAUAAAGAGUCCUUGAAGUGAGAUCAUUGGUUGUGAGAACAUCUCAGUGGUUAGCCCCUUUUGUUGUAGAGUCUGAUGGUUGAGGGGUAGUAACUUCUAGAACCUGGUGUUGCGUGUCCUGAGGCUCUUGUCCCUUUUACCUGAUAGCAACAACGAGAAAAGAACAUGGCCAGGGUGGUGAGGAUCUUUGAUGGAUACUGCUUUUCUGUGACAACAUCUCAUGUAGAUAUACUCAAUGGUUGGGAGGGCUUUACCCGUGAUGUACAUGUUUCAUAGGUUAUUAUAAAAUGUGAUUUUACUGAUCAGUUGGGGAUAAUUAUAAACAUUCAGAGUGAUUGCAUUUUAUAAUAUCCACUGGAAAAGCCACAGCAAAACUUGUUUUCUAAUUGUAAGAAGUUAUGAUUUAAUUUACAGCAGAACUGCUAGUAUUUAUUAGAUUGAAAUCACUGACAAAAUUAUGAUCAUUCAAUUCUCAUUGUACAAUUGAUUCAAAUGCACAAUUUAUGCAAAUAUUUUAGCAAUAUCCUUCUAUUUAAAUAUGUGCAUUUUCUAAAAAUUAAAUACUAACAUUUUACUAAAUUAGUCUUGUUUUCCAUUUGCAGUUUAUAUUUCCUCUAAAGUUAAGAAAUUGUCUUUUGAAAUUUUCUAUUCCAUAUAGAGCCAAUUUUUAAAACUCUUUAAAUACCCAAUCUUUUAUAAAGUAUUGUAUAUAAAACUUCCCCACUGUACAAUUGUUCAACAAGAGAUUUUUAAAUUAUGGUUGAAGGAUACCUUUUGUAUUGCUAUAGAAUGGCUUAUUUUUAAAUAUUAUUUGUCCACAUGAAAUAAACAUUUGAAAAAUGUUUUAAUGUGAAAAUAUUUAAUCUCUGAAGUAUUAAUGUAUUGAAAUUUGAAUCUUUUAAUUUGCGCAGAAUAAUGUCACUGAACCAAAGUCUGCAAAAGGGGAUUUGUGUUGAUCUGUUGAAAUAAUAGUUUUCAUGUCAUGUCAAUGAAUCACCCUGUUGGACUGGUUCAGUGUCGAUCUAUGGAAAUAAGUACUUAAUCAGAUUUGAAACGGGUUUAUUAUCACUGACUUAGAUUAUGUGAAAUGUGUUGUUUUGCAGCAACAGUGUGGUGCCAGGACAUAAAAUUACCAUAAAUUACAAAAAUAAAUAAAAGCUUAUUUAUUUUAUAAUAAAAGCUUGUUUCUGUAAGAGCAUAUAGACAUUAAGAAAGAGGAUGUGCUGGAGCUUUUGGAAAGCAUCAAGUUGGAUAAGUCACUGGGACCGGAUGAGAUAUACCCCAGGCUACUAUGGGAAGCAAGGGAAGAGAUUGCUGAGCCUCUGGCAAUGAUCUUUGCAUCAUCAAUGGGGAU